AUGAGAACCGUUGACCGUUCUUCGCCUGCUACAGCAGAGCAUUCCGGCGCUGUUGAGGUACCGCUCUUUCUGUCUCUAGAAACCUGCCGAGCUGCCGAACUCGCAGCCUGGUUGCAAACUCGCCGAUUUCGGAACCAGGACACCGACGAGGUCAGCCAGUGCCAGACGAAAGAUUCCUUAACAGCCACACAGGAAUUCCUAGCUCAAGCGCUCGACUCACUCCGUGGAACGGAUGUUGAUACCGGCAGCGAUCCGGUCGGCUACUCGGUAUCUCCGGAGGGGUCUCUGGAACGCAGCGUUGGUAGAUCGCACCACAAACAGCAGGUAUCUCUUUUAAAGGACGACAACAUCACCGUUUCGUUUACGACACCACGCGCCAAGUUUGUCGUGACCGUUUGCGAAAACGGUUUGCUUGCUCGCCACGACAAGCAAGGUACUCUACACAUUCCCUCCGGUGCCGUUACCCACAUAGUUUUCUUUCCAAAACCCGAAGACUGUGCACGCUCGAGUACGUCCAAGUCACAAACUACCACCAAGAAUACGUUUGACAUGUGUCUACUUUUGCUGGAACCAAACGCCGUCCAGUUCCACAAGAAGAAUCCCAGCAAAAAUAACAACAAGACAAUGAACCAGGUCUGUUUUCAACUUCCCGAAACGCUCCCUGUAUACCGGAAAAACACUAGCAACACCGAGAACCCCCUACAAGCGCCAAGGCCCCUAGAUCCAACAUCACAGUGGAGUAAUGUUCUGUGUACAGCCCUGGGCGUAGAUUCUUCUCGAAGCGUGGCCCGCGUGUGGCAUCCCUCGUCGCCACCACCACCAUACUGUUCCACCCCACGCAACCCCUUCAUCUUUGCCUCGCACCAAGACGCCACCACCAGCAGCACAGUCGACGGAAUGCCCUUUGUCAAAUGCUAUCACGGCGUCCACGACGGAGUUUUGUACCCAUUGCGGGAAGGAUUGCUCUUUUUCAAACCACCAUGUUUUGUGCCGCGCCAGAAGCUGGCGUCGAUUGCCUGUGGUCGUGGCGGAGACACUUCGUCCCGUUACGUCGACUUGACGUUGACCACAACGCAAGACAAUGAAACCUUCGAAUUUACCAACAUUCAUCGGGAUGAACUUGCUACCAUAAAUUCGUACAUUCACGAAACUCUCAUUCCAGCCAUGCAACGCGAUGUUCUAAAGGACUCCGACAUCGAAGACGCAUCCUUUAAAGGCACUGUCUUGACACGUACAGAGCUUAAACAGGACAACGAAGAGUACACUGUACUUGAAAGAAGUUACUGCCGUCCCAAACGCAAAGCCAGCGUGGAGGCACGGGCCAUAAACCGCAAGGUGCAAAAAAGUCAACUCGAAAAUGACGAUGAGGACGACGACGACGAUGAUGACGAAUUUGUGAAUCGAGACCAAACUAUGGUUCAGGAUGACGACGAAGAGUUCUCCUCGGACGAGCGUGAAGGAAAGUCCUCCGACGACGAAGAAACCAGCAAUGACGAGGAAGCCGUGGUGGAGACAGAAGAUCACGAAGACGAGACGGAAAGCGAUGAGGAUUGCUGAUGCUGUUGUGAAUUGAUUUUCUCAAAUACUUGCGCUGCUCAGCCGCUUUAGUGGCACUGGGUAUGGUCAACGUCGACCCAUUAGUCUAUCUCUCUAACGACGGAUAGACUUUAUAUUACAAAUAUAAAUCAACCCUUCAUGAUACU